UUUAAUUAUUAUUUUCUGGUAUGGAUAAGUCUCUUGAAGAGUGAUUUUUCUUCUAAUUUGGCAAGUGUAGUGAUUUUCCCGUUUCUAAUUUUCUAGUGGUACUCCGCCAUUUCUGAGCUGCUGCAGAUCGGCCAAAUGCCGGUUCCUACGUUUCAGUGUUUCACGGGGAAAUUACCCUGUGGAUAUAUAUAAAAUGAGAAAUCUACAGCCUCAUUCGGAUGAAACAAAGAGGAGGGAACAAAGUCACUCUGAUUAAUUCUCCAAAUUUUGUUUUGGGCUGUAACUAAACAUCCUUAUUUCUUUGCGACGAUGUCGUUUUGGAAAUACGUUAUCCCUCCCGGAUGGGUAUUUCUUGUAUUGGCUCUCUCUUUCCCGGCGCCGGUGAAAGCCGCCGACACCAUUAAAGUGCCCGGUCCCUGGAAGAGAGCCCACGCCACAUUCUACGACGGCGGCCCAUCAACAUACGGUGGAGCUUGUGAUUUCAAGGACGUGGUGCAAGAAGGCUACGGAAUGAACACGGCGGCGCUGAGCGGCGCGUUGUUCAAGGAAGGCGAGGCCUGCGGCGCGUGCUUCGAGCUGAGAUGUGUGGACGACCCGCAGUGGUGCAAGCUAGGCAAGCCGUCGCUCAUCAUCACCGCCACCGACCACUGCCCGCCCAACCCGUCGCAGCCCAGCGACAACGGCGGCUGGUGCAACCCACCAAGGGAGCACUUCGACAUCGCCCGGCCGGCGUUCAAAACGCUGGCGGAGGAGAAGGGCGGCAUCAUCCCCGUCGAGUACCGCCGGGUUCCCUGCAAGAAGCAAGGCGGGAUCCGGUUCACCAUCCUCGGCAACCCUUAUUUCAUCGAGGUGGUGAUUACGAACGUGGCCGGCGCCGGGGACGUGACCACGGCCACCGACCACUGCCCGCCCAACCCGUCCCUCCCCAACGACAACGGGGGGUGGUGCAACCCGCCGCUGGAGCACUUCGACAUCGCCCACCCGGCGUUCGGCCAGCUGGCGGAGGAGAAGAGCGGCAUCAUCCCCGUCGAGUACCGCCGCGUCCCCUGCCAGAAGCGCGGCGGCAUCCGGUUCACCAUCCUCGGCAACCCUUGGUUCAUCCAGGUGAUUGUGACGAAUGUCGCCGGCGCCGGGGACGUGAAGUCGGUGAUGGUGAAGGGGGACAAGGUGCCGUGGACGAGGAUGGAGCGGGACUGGGGGGAGACGUGGAAGACCGGCGUGCAUGAGCUGGUCGGAGAGUCAUUGACUUUUAGGGUCAAGACUACCGACGGGAGGUCGUGCACCGCGUGGCACGUGGCGCCUAAGGACUGGCAGUUCGGGCAGACUUAUGAAGGGAAGAAGAAUUUUAGGAUGUAAAAUGAAAUUCAGGUAAAAGAAUUAAGAUGGGUAUUUCUGAGAUCGAUGAUGGAGGUGAUUGGGUAUGAAAAUGUAAUUCGGAUGUGGAAUAUUUGGUAAUGGUAUAGGGUGUUGCUUUUGUAAUUAAGUAUGAUCAGUAUAGUGCGGUAGAUAAACGAAUUUAGCGUAUGGAAUGGAGGUGUAUGUAUAUUUUGUAAUGUAAAUAAGAGAAAAACUACAGGAUGGGAAUUAAAAAUUAUGCCUAAGAAGGUACUUCAACUUUUUUUGGGUAGAAAGUGAAACUAAA